UGACUUGAGUGGGGGAUGCCAAUAAACAAAAAAGGUCGAGUCGGUUGUUUUUGUCCCUUUGACUCCGACUUGGGGCAACACUGGCCUGACGACGACUCCGAGAAACAAAACACUUUAACCCCGGGACCCCCAGCGGUUUUAUUGACACGAGGCGAGACCGGGCGUACCGUUUUUCGUCUUUAUUUUCCACUAAUUGGGACUUUUCCUUUUUCUCCUUUUUUUUCCACCCUUAAACCUGUACCGGAAAAAAGCCGAAGGAUGUACCAGGAGCAGGGCGGAUGGGGAGACAAAGCGGCCGAACAGGACAUCGCCAAGAACUUUGUUGGUUUGACACUGAAGGAGGGGAACAACACGAUACUUGCAUCGAACAAGCCACUCACAACGACUGAUGGUGGAGAAGAUGAAGACAAGAUAACGAAAGCAGAGAAGAGCCUCCUUCAGAAGAUAACGAGGACAAAGCUCGUGACUUCGAAGGCUGAGAUUGAGAUUCAACGCCAGGACCCAUUCUCGCCGCUCCACUCAAUCAAGUCGUUCGAGGCGCUCAACUUACAACCAAAUCUCCUGAAAGGUGUCUAUGAAAUGGGCUUCAACACGCCUUCAAAGAUUCAGGAGACGGCGCUACCCAUAUUACUUGCUGACCCGCCUCAGAAUAUGAUUGCGCAGUCGCAAUCCGGUACGGGGAAAACGGCGGCGUUUGUCCUUGCCAUGCUGUCACGAGUUGUUGUUGAGAACAAGUACCCUCAGGUUCUGUGUCUGUCACCAACUUACGAACUUGCGAUACAGACGGGCGAGGUUGCAGCUAAAAUGGGGCAGUUCUGUGAUGAUGUACGGAUACGUUAUGCCGUACGAGGAGAAGACUUGCCAAAGCAUACGAAGAUAGACGAGCACAUCAUAAUUGGUACACCGGGCAAGGUGUUGGACUGGGCAACCAAGUAUAAGUUCUUUGACCUGAGCAAAAUCACUGUCUUUGUACUGGAUGAGGCGGACGUCAUGAUCGCGACUCAGGGCCACCAAGACCAAAGCUUCAGGAUCAGAAAGUACCUGUCUGAGAAGUGCCAGAUCAUGUUCUUCUCGGCGACAUACGACGAGGAAGUGAUGCAAUUUGCCAAGGGCAUUGUACCGAACCCACUCCUCAUCAGGUUGAAACGUGAGGAAGAGUCUUUAGAGAACAUCAAGCAGUACUACACAGUGUGCGAGCACAAGGAUGAGAAAUACCAGGCGAUUGCUAACAUAUACGGUGGAAUAACCGUCGGACAGAUGAUGAUAUUCUGCCAGACGAGGAAGAUGGCGUCAUGGCUGACAGAGAAGCUCUCAAGGGAUGGACAUGCUGUAGCGCUACUCUCGGGCGAGCUCACUGUUGAACAGCGUAUCGCUGUACUCGACAGGUUCAGAGACGGCAAGGAGAAGGUGCUCAUAACGACCAAUGUACUGUCUCGAGGGAUUGACAUCGAACAGGUCACUGUAGUCGUCAACUUUGACAUGCCUGUCGACCAGCAGCGCCGCGCCGACUGCGAGACGUACCUGCACAGGAUCGGAAGGACUGGGCGUUUUGGCAAGACAGGCAUAGCAAUCAACCUCGUAUCUUCACAGGAAUACAGCACCGUGCUGAAACAGAUUCAGGACCAUUUCGGACGUAAGAUCGAAUGUCUCAACCCGGACGACUCGGAUGAAGUUGACAAGCUCAAUGACUAACGUACCUGUACAUCAGCGUACAUAUUUCAUAUAAUCAUUUUUUUUUUAAAUUAAUUUAUGCAGUAAGGAUGACUGUGAUUUUAAAAUAUACAUUCAUCUCGCACCGAUUAUUUGGGGAGAUUGUAAAAUAUAAUUAUGAUUAAAAAUAUUUUCAUGUUUGUAAUUUAUGUUAUUUUCAAUCCGGUGGGGGAUGCAGUACAAGGUGGAUGACCCUUGCUGUUUUUUUUGCUUGUAGUUUACGAAAAAAAUAUUGUAGAUUCAUAUAAACACAAAGGAGAAAAAAGAGGGCUUGUGAGAAAGUACGAGAGCAAAAUGUACACAGAUAACAAGAAAAAUCAUACACCAGGUCUGCACCUUAUGAUCUCCAGAUACAAAUCGUAGAAGUGAACAUUGAUGGAUGAAAACUUGCAGAGAAAUAAGAAAGGCUGUUGCAAAAUGGACAAGAAAAGGGUCACCUACAGAUGUUGAAACAAUUGAACAACAAUCAAAUGAAGAAACGACAAGCCCAACUUCAACUGCAGUCUACAGCAUACCACCAUCAAUCGGAACAAUUUCUCCUGGUGUGGAAGAGGUGACAUCUUCUAAGAAACAUGACAAAAAGAUUUCGAUGAGAAUUAAGAUUGCUCAAGAUUGCUCCAAACGGCUCAAAAUCAGCUGUAUCCGUCAAAAUAUCAACCCAGCACAGAUGCACAAUGCCGAGAUAGCUUUCUUCUGAUUCAGGCUAAAAAUGUGAUACAGAUUUUGAUAA